UUCCACCGCUCUCAUCUCUCGGUCCCUUCGUGUCUCUUCAACUCUCAUCUCCCUCAAUCCCUCUCUCCGGGGUUCCUCUCUAGCCAUGCAUCGUCUUUUUUUCCUCUCGGUACUCGUCCUCGCGCUUUCAGCCACGGUGAUAGCAAUUGAUGAGGAGGCUGCGAAUGACCGGAUCACCGAAUUACCAGGCCAGCAGGAGUUGCACGUGGCCCAGUUCUCUGGCUACGUCUCCGUCAACUGGGAGGCCUCCCUCUUCUACUGGCUAGUAGAAGCUGCUGACCACCACGAGAAUAAGCCACUCGUGCUGUGGCUUAAUGGAGGACCUGGGUGCUCCUCCGUAGGCUAUGGUGCGUUGCAGGAGCUUGGUCCGUUCCGAGUCUCGCCCAACGGAGAAACUCUGGUCACCAACCCCUAUUCAUGGAACCGAGAAGCAAACUUCUUGUUCUUGGACUCACCUGCCGGAGUUGGUUUUUCUUUUUCAACUGUCAACUUCACUCGAUACGGAGACCACUCCUCUGCCCUUGAAGCUUAUACAUUCCUGAAAAGAUGGUUCAAGAGAUUCCCAAGGUAUAAAGGCCGAGCCUUCUACAUCGCCGGACAAAGCUAUGCUGGUCAUUAUAUCCCAUCAUUAGCGGAGAUCAUUCUAAAGAAGAACUCCAGGAAAAUGAACCCGGUGAUGAAUCUCCAAGGCAUUUUGAUAGGUAACCCUAACUUGGACCGGGAGUCCGAACUGAAAGGCAGAGCUCUAUACUGGUGGAGCCACGGUCUCAUCUCGGACGACACUUACCGAGGGAUGUCGAGUACACUGUGCAGCUCUCCAAAGACAUAUAGAGCGGAGGCAUGUGAGCCCUACUUCCACGCAUAUUUGCAAGAGGAAGCUGGAAAUGUGAAUCCAUUUGAUGUACUUCUAACGUACUGUGAACCUGAGGAGGUCUCUAAGUAUUGUCUCGAACGGAUUACCUCCAAGUACAUGAACAGGAAGGAUGUGCAGCAAGCCUUCCAUGCAAUCCCCACCGCAUGGACACUUUGCAGUAAACCUAUACAAAACAAUUACAGCCUUCCUGCUAAAGACCAGUCGAUGUUGCCCACUCUGAAGCUACUCAUUCAGUCGGGCUUGCAAAUUUGGAUUUACAGUGGAGAUGCAGAUUCAACAAUUCCCUUCAUAGCCACUCGGAUCGCUAUAUCCAAGCUGCAUCUCAAGAGGAUUGCAAAAUGGUAUCCUUGGGGCCAUAAUAACAAGAUUAGUGGCUGGUCCGAGAUAUACGAAGAGAUGACCUUCGCAACAAUCAGAGGCUGUGGUCACGAAGUCCCUAUGUACGCGCCAGCUCAAGCACUCGACAUGUUCGAACACUUUUUAGCUCACAAGCCGUUGCCUAAGUAUACAAUGUGA